CACACACACACACAGCACUCUGACAGAGGACAGAGGGACAAAGCAAAGAGGAACCUGUGAGAGAACAACAACAAAGAAAAAGAAAGAACGUAGAACAGAAACCAAAGAGAGAAGCUGAGAAAGCAAAGGAAGGGAAGAAGAGCGGGAAUCAGGCAGGAGAAAGAGGUGCUGUGUGCUGUGUUAAAGUGAAACCACCGACAAAAUCCCAAACCAUCUAAACCUACCAGUCCGUCCAAUCAGCUCAGGCAAAAAUACAACUACAACAUCCAUCAGAAGGAUUCUGCUGUUUUUCUAAGGAAGUCAACUCUUAUCUCAGUGUCAGGAAACAUUCUCAUUUCUUGUUGUUGACCAGUUGGGUUUUUAGAAAGUGAAUCAGUGUUUGUGUCUGUCAAGAAGUCAGCUGCGUAAACUUAAGACUAAAACCAAGAAAAGUCAACCCUCCAAUCAACACUCACACGAUGGCGCCCAAGAAGAAGGCCUCCCGCCAGAAGAAGCCUGCCGCGGAAACCAUCUCUCAGGUCGCCGUGGAAACCACCCCGACCCCUCUGAAGGUGGAGAGCCGCGGUGAUGGUGUGGUGGUGGUGGAGAGCGGGGUGAAGAAGAUCGAGCAGAUGGCGGCGCUGGACAUCGCUCAGCUGAACAGCCUCAACCUGCCGCUGCCGCCGCCCGUCAUCAAGCCCGGAGAGAGAGGCCUCGGCCUGGGCAGCGAGCUGACACGACCCCUGCACGGCAACGCCCUGCUGGAGGAGCUCAGCAAGAUGCGCCAGGAGAAGUUCCUGACUGACCUGGAGUUGGCCUGUAAGACAAAGGCCUUUGACGUCCACAAGCUGGUCAUCUCCUCGGUCAGUCAGUACUUCAGAGAGAUUCUGGCCAAAGAUCCUGGCAUGAAGCGCCUGGAGCUGCCCUCCCUCUCACCUCUGGGCCUGGCCAACGUUAUCACCUUUGCUUAUCUGGGACGCGUCCACAUGUCCCUCUACACCAUCGGCUGCACGGUCUCUGCUGCUGCCACCCUGCAGAUCCCCCAGCUCCUCAAGAUGUGCAUGGACUUCCUGCUGGCCGAGCUCAAUGUCCAGACCUGCGUCUACAUCUGGAACAUUGCCGCCGCCUACGGCCUGCUGCCUGUGUGCGACGCCGCCCGCCGCUUCGUCCUGGAGAACUUCGUGCAGUUUGCGGAGACACCACUGUUCACCCAGCUCACCCUGGAGCAGAUCUCUGCCUUCCUGCAGGACGACCUCCUGGUGUUGCCUUCGGAGGUCAUGGCCUUCCAGCUGGCCAUGAAGUGGCUCGACUUCGACGCCUCUCGUCAGGCUCACGCCGCAGAGCUCCUGUCUCACAUUCGUUUCGAGACGAUCCCGGCCAGCGAGCUGGUGAGUCAGAUCCAGCCGGUGCCCCGCAUGAUGCUGGACCCUCAGUGCCACCGCCUGCUGGUGGACGCCAUGAACUACCACCUGCUGCCCUACCAGCAGAACACCCUGCAGUCCCGACGCACGCAGGUCCGCGCGGGUCAGCAGACUCUGCUCACCAUCGGAGGCCGUCCAUCUCUCACCGAGAGGGCUCUCAGCCGUGAGGUGCUGUGGAGGGACCCUCGUGAGGGAGGAGCCGCCUGGCGCCACCUCACCCAGCUGCCGGCGAAGAGCUUCAACCAGUGUGUGGCUGUGAUGGACGGCUUCCUGUACGUGGCUGGAGGAGAGGACCAGAAUGACGCCCGCAACCAGGCCAAACACGCCGUCAGCACCCUCAGCAGAUACGACCCUCGCUUCAACACCUGGCUCCACCUGGCCAGCAUGCGUCAGCGCCGCACCCACUUCUCCCUGGCUGCCAGCGGCGGCCGGCUGUUUGCCAUCGGCGGCCGCAAUGUGGAAGGCCUGCUGGCCACCAUCGAGAGCUACCUGCCCUCCUCCAACACCUGGCAGAUGCGUGCGCCCAUGGAGGUGCCCCGCUGCUGCCACUCCAGCGCCACCCUGCCCUCCGGAGACAUCCUUGUGACCGGCGGCUACAUCAACUGCGCCUACUCCCGCUCGGUGGCGUGCUACAGCGUGGAGACCGACACCUGGACCGAGAAGGCCUCCAUGGAGACUCCCCGUGGCUGGCACUGCUCCGCCACCCUCGGAGGGAAGGUGUACGUGGUGGGAGGAAGCCAGCUGGGCCCCGGAGGAGAGAGGGUGGAUGUGCUCUCUGUGGAGGUGUUCUCUCCGGAGAGUGGAGUGUGGAGCCGGGCCGCCCCUCUCCUGCUCGGUGUGAGCACCGCCGGCCUGUCCCCGCUGGCCGACAAGCUGUACCUGCUGGGAGGCUGGAACGAGGCUGAGAAGCGCUACAAGGCUGGCGUCCAGAAGUACGACCCGGCCACCGACAGCUGGUCCAUGGCAGAGGAUCUGCCCGAGCCCACAGUGGGAGUGUCCUGCUGCACCCUGACCCUGCCGCCCCGCCACGCCCCGCGCCGGCAGCAGCACCGCAACACCCCGGCCCACGAAGAGCAGCAGCAGGCCGUGAAGAACCGGAGCAGAGAGAACAGCGUUGCCCCAUCGCAAACCAUCACAGCAUAGAGAGAGACAUGAAGCAAGGGUUAGACCGGAGGAGAGCAGGAAGGGUUUGACCUCAGGAGAACAUCUGGAUUAGAGCUGCAACUAAUGAUUAUUUUUAUUAGCGAUUGAUCUGUGAUUGAUCAUUUUUUAAUUAGUCGUUAAAUCGUUUGGUCUAUAAAAUGUCAAAAAAAAAGAUGAUAUCCUCAUAUGUCAAAAACCCAAAGAUAUUCAGUUUGUAGUGAUGGAUAACAGAGAAAAGCAACAAAUGCUCCCAUCUGAAAAAUGACUGAAAUGCUUUAUCAGUCACUUACUGAUUAUUUUUUAUGAUAAUCAAUUAAUCAAGUAAUUGUUUCCACUCUAAUCUAGAUCAUGCCCGCUCUUUUUUCUGCUCGUGUAUAUGUGGAAAAUGUUAUUUAGUAUUUUAACACCAAAAAGUGAAAGACAGAAAAGACAGAAAAGAAAGCUUGCAUGAUCCAAAGUGGUCUCAGGAGGUUUUACAGUGUUUUGGAAAACGAAGGAGAAACAGGUGGAUAAGGGAUGAAAUGGAGAGUGAGGCAGGUGGAGGCAGAGAGGUGAUGGAUGGAGGGCGAUGAAGGACGGAAGGAUGGGAACAGUGUCUGUGUUUGAGCGGGUCUGGGUUGAACAAACAUCGAGAUGACUGUGAAUCCACUGGCAGUUUGUGUACAAAGAUGUAUCUAGGCAGAGAGAGAGUGUGUGUGUGUGUGUGUGUGUGAGACGUGAACACAAGUGUGAAUGUGUGUGACAGUGAACAGAGUGAGUGACAGGAGUGUGUGGGCGCUAAAAGAAAUGAGCCGUUUCUGAUAAACACUGCAACAAUAAAAGAUUUUUCAUCAGCAAACUUGAAAGAUUCCUCACGAGAAAAGCAGCAGGCCAGCAAUAAACAACCCUGUGUUUAUUGUUUUAUUUAUUUCAUGGGUAUCUGUUAGAAGUAGUGUAGCUCGAACGAGACAAAAAUAUUUUAAAAAAAUAUAGCUGUAGUAUUUAAAAAAGUUUUUUUAAGUGCAAUGGAGUGGAAGGGCUAAGAGGAGGAUGCAAUGAGGAGGGCAGAGUGAAAUCAACACAGGUGAGAUUUAAAAGCAAAUAAAUGUAAAUUAAUGUGGAAGCAUCCACCAGUUUGCUUCUGAGAAACCUUCAAGACUGAGAAAAAUAUCCUUCUAAAAAACAAACAUAAAAAUCUGAAAAAAACGUAU